AUGAUGGAACCUCUUGUUGAUACGGUUGACCAGAAUCAGAUUGUUACAAAUUCCCAGUUACUCAAGACUAUGGAUAUCUCUAAGAUGGCUGCUGGGGAUGUGUCCUUCACUGCUCCUUUUAAGCUUGUGGCGGAACGUGAUGAUUACAUACAUGCUCUUGUAGCCUACUUCGACGUGUCUUUUACUAAGUGCCAUAAAUUAAUGGGCUUCUCUACAGGGCCAAAAUCACGGGCUACACAUUGGAAGCAAACGGUUCUGUACCUUGAAGAUGUGCUAACUGUAUGCGAGGGAGAGGCCAUUGUUGGGAGCAUGACUGUGGCACCGAACAAAAAGAAUCCCCGUGAUGUUGACAUUAUGCUCAAGUAUUCAUUAAAUGGUCGGCGGUGCCUUGCCUCAAGAACUCAAUAUUACAGAAUGCGAUAGCUGUUUUGUGGUUACAUUAUUUUUAAGAGCUCAUCGUUGUCAAUGUCUCUCUCUGUCUCCUCUUGCUUUCCUUCAAUAUGGAUCUUUGUUCUUAUGUUGUUUUUGUGGGGGUCGGGAUUGGGGCCUUGCGACAUUAUUGGAGAACGAAUCAAGGAGAAGAUUGCAUUUUUCAAAUUGUAGCAUGUGUAACUUAUAUUUAUUUCUCAAAAUGUUAGAUAUAACAUUGUAACUAUUUCAAAUUUACUCUAGUUUAAUUCAU